ACGAUCGCGCACACCGCUGCCGCCCGUCGACUUGCCGCCACCGCUGCGCGUUUUCGCAUUCGCAUCGCGUGGCCAAACACUCGCAUCGCAUCUCCCGAUCCCUGCACGGAUCGCGUGCGCGCCGCGCCGCCUAUCAAUUCGACUUUUUGUCUUCUUGCUUUAGUUUUAUUUUUAUUGUUAUGGUGGUCAUAACAGUUUACAAUCGGCUCGUGCCGGGGAUAUAGACACACCGGUAUUUACAGUCCGCGUCACACGUGAAACGAUUAUGAGCGCGCCCGGGACUGAUUCGAUCGCAUUCGCACUGAUUGAAAAAUUAAUGCAAUUUUGUUAAUGCGCGCCGGCGAGUAAUUUUCCUGGGACUAACUAACCUGUACCCGACGAGUAAUCGAAAGCACACGAAAAGUAAAGCCGAGGGAGUUCUUCACGUCUUCAUCCACCAUGCUUCGACGCCUGCGAUGUGCCUGCGUGUAUUUGAUCGCAUGUCUGAUUGCAGAUACUUGCGGACUUAAGGAUGUGCGCGUUAUUAUACCGCCAGCGGUGGUACGCGGGGAUCGCGCACUUCUACGCUGCCACUACGACCUGGAGACAGAUCAGUUGUACUCCGUGAAAUGGUACAAGGGUCAAAGGGAGUUCUACAGGUUCACACUACGCGAUGACCCACCAAUCAAACAGUUCCCGAUUGAUGGGUUGCACGUCGCGCUGGAACUUUCCAACGCGACACAUCUCACCUUGGAUAAUGUUUCAAUGGACAACAGCGGCGUGUACAACUGCGAGAUUUCAGCGGAUGCGCCUUCGUUUUUCACAGGCGUCCAGAAUGGCACUUUACAGGUCGUGGAGGUGCCAACGCAUGACCCCAAUAUCACCGGGCUGAAGCAUCGCUACAAAAUUGGAGAGACCCUGAAGGCGCAGUGCACCUCGCGGGAUUCCACGCCCGCGGCCAACCUCACCUGGAUGGUGAAUGAUGAGCCAGCGCAAGCCACGCACAUCCGACACAAUCAUACCAAGCGCAUUGGCUACAGCAAUUUGUACACCGCGCACUCGAAAUUGCAAUUGCAAAUAACCGAGGAUCACUUCGCCCACGGCAAGUUGAAGAUCCGAUGCAUCGCGUCCAUGCUGAACGUGUACCAUCAGAGCUCCGAGAAGAGUGUCUACCAGGAGCAGCCGCCUCGGUUGCGCACCACGCCACGACUCAGCAGCCCAGCGCCCGCCGCCGACUGGGACUUCACCCUGUCCGAACGGAUACCGCAGAGCACACUGAUAUUCUCGGCGACAACCUCCGGCGCCGUCUGCGCGUCUUCUCAUCCUUCGAAUCUUCUGCUCGUACUUCUUCUGCCGCUGCUGCGCUUGAUUAGUUCGACGCAGCGACUGCAACUGCGACGGCUCGAUACGAGCGUGAUACAUCGGUGAAAUGUAUUUUCAUCCAUAGUACUACUAGCUAAACGAUAAAUGAAUAUGCACUACGAUUCGCAUUCGCAUAACCGAGAGACAACUUCCAUUGAUUUUUGUGAUAACAUAUUUAAGCGGAGGAUUUGUAAACACUUAAAACUAUGGAGUACUGAUCGCAGUAUAAGAACGAUUCAAACACAUGUUCGAAAAUUAUAACAAAUUAUAAACACAGAUGUAAAGAAAUAUUUCGCAUUCUGCGUGUCGUUGCUUUGAUUCGGUCCUUGGCGUCGACCGCAAAUGAAUUUAACUGAUUGUUACCCAAUGGAUUGAAUGGAACAACGGGGAUUGACGGGCGCCGAUGAAAAUGAUAUUUACAUGUUCUCUUGAAAACAAUCCUACGAAUACGCAUUAAGUCUAUUUUACUUACCUGUUAUUGAUGAAAAUGGACAAAUGAAUGAAAUGUAAGAUAUAUUUAAAAUUGAUUACUAUGAGGAUGUAUAGAAGAGAAACCAAAACAAAACUAAACAAGAACAUUAACUAUAUUAUAUUAUACUAACAAAUGUGGAUAACUAUUAAAAUUAUUUUCUAAAUGUACUUCUGGGAUUCCUGUGCAGUUUAA